UCCAGUGCGACGAUAUUCUCAGGCAGUUCGACGUUAUCGGUGUGUCACAGGAAAUGGUUAAACAGAGGAGGAGCCGAGAUGAGUUUUUCUAGAGAGAGAAUUGAUUAGAGCCCCCCCUGUUUAACGGAGGCACGACUGGAGAUAGCCCCGCUCUUAAACACCGCGCCUGAGGCAGCGAGCGACAGGGCAGCGGAGCGCAGACCCGGCUAGAGGCAUCUGGCAGACGAUCAGCUGAUUUGUCACGGUCCCAGCAUCAACCUGCUAAAACACCGGGAGGAAAUAAUGAGGAUCUGCAGUCUAUCUUACUCUCAGGAAGAGUCCUCCAUUGCUUCCGGAGACCAGGAAGAAGAUGUGGGAGCUUCUAGCCAGCACUGAGGGCCAGAAUCAGUUUGGGUUGACCCUGCGGCAGGGUCUCCCCCUGGCUGGCUGCUGAGCGCUGUUUCCACUCGGCAGACUAGAGCGCUGGCUUCUCCGCUGUCACUGCGACACCAGCUGCGCCCAGUAAGGACUGAUCUGGCCAGGCCUGCCCUGUCAGUCGGAGUACCUUCUGGGGUGUCUGGGGUCAAUCGGAAUGGGAUUUUAGAAGGGCAAGGAGGAGAAAUACGGAAGGCAACCUUUCUCUCUGGCUCAGGAUAAAACUGAAGAAAGAGCUGCUCUUCGCGACAAACCCGGUAACGCUCAUUCAUGCGGGACUGAAGCCCUAGAGGAGCGCGGAGCUUGCCGUCUUGUGUCCGAGCGUGGAUGUGGGUCCCGUGCCCCCGCGCGGGUGUGGUCUGCUCAGCAUGGUGAUGUCCCAGGGCACCUACACCUUCCUGACCUGCUUCGCCGGCUUCUGGCUGGUGUGGGCGCUGAUCGUCAUGCUGUGCUGCUUCUGCAGCUUCGUGCAGCGGCGGCUGAAGCGGCACCGGGAGGAGCGCCUGCGGGAGCGCGGCCUGCGCGGCCUGGAGAUGGACCCCUGGACUCUUCCGCGAGAAGCGGAUGCCUACGGCAAGCCCCCCUGUUACGAGGAAGCAGUGAUGAUGGAGGACCCCCCUCCCCCGUACAGCGAAGUCCUGGCUGACUCCAGGGGGGGGACGUACACCAAACUCGCUGCCGGGACGUCCCGGAAACAGCACGACCCCGAAACUAGCAAGACGGCCCCGGAGGCCGUGUUGUCGGACAGGAGCUACGCCCCGCUCAUCCACCUCCCUGGGUCGGAGCACUGGGACUCCCUGGGUCGCCUGCUGUCCACCGUCGACCUGAACCGCAAUAACCUGCCCUCGCGCCCGCGCGCAGGGGUGCUGUCCCCGACUCUGACGGGCAGCGGGCGCGUGGGCGCGGAGCUCAGGAGGGCCGUGCUGCUGCCCGACCGGACUUGCACCUUACCCACCGCCUUCCCUCUGUUUGGCAGGAGCACAGCUGUGUGAGGGAGCGAGUUAGCGGGCGACCGGCCCUGGAGGGGCUGUGGGCUUGUCGCAGGGCCUGGGCCCCCCCAUCCCUCUCCCAGGGAGCCCUAAACUAUGUGUUUCUGUGAAGAACCUGGGGAGAAUGGACUUGCAGGCAGUGAAAAUAAGCGACUGAAGACCACGUGUGAGACAGGAGCAGGCUCCUCGCAUAGGCGAAUGAACCGCAGGGACUGUGGAGUCUCGGAUUCCGUUGUCAGGGGUUACCGGUGACACCGCGGUCUGCUGUUCCCCUCCCGGCCUCCGGAGGAAGCGCCGUUACAUCAACUCCCCUUCCCUCCCACCCCGACGCAGACGCAUGUGUUGCCAUGGCGCCUCUUCUCUGGACCAUUCUUGGCCCUCGGUAGGCCUUUCCCAUCAGACCCUGCAGUCGGGGGCUGCAGGAGCUCUGCCAGCUGAAGCAGAGGGAUCACACCCACUCUCUGUGUGACUGCGGACACCUGUCACUGCUCCCGGUCUCAAGAAAAACAGAUCGUCAAAACCAGGCAAGAGUAACCGAAGAGAGACUAACAGUGCUUAUUCUGGUCUAAUAAACCUUACAUUUGGUGUUUACAGCGCAUUCAACAUCUCCAGUAUGUAUACACAUUAUACAUACACGCACAUAAUCGCACAGUUUCCUCACAGACUGGCCUGGGCUCUCUCGGUGUCAAGAGGCGCGUGGUUGGUUUGAAGAGCAGGAGACGGGCUUCCAUCGCCACCCCUGGCCGGAACAAUGCCCAGACCUCAGUCCUGCUGGGACUCUCUCUGAGGUGCGAUGCGCAAUCCAGCCCCCACACACCAGCGGAAAUUUGCAUUUCAACUGAAGGCGUUCCUACAAGAUGAGUGGCACCGGACUGGGCCUCCAGAGGAAGAGGAAUUGUAUAGACCAGGACUCGGAGAAGCUGGAUUUGUGGUCCAACAAGCUAUUUUGAUCUCAAAUAAUAUUCAUCAGGAAUAAUCCUGUAUUGCUCUGGGAUAUACUUAUUCCUGAUAAAGCAUUGCAAGUCUUGCUAUUUUUAAAUUUUUGAAUUUCACAAUCACCUACUGGAAUCACAGAAGCAGUGUAUUACGUAACCCUUUACAUAAGUGUCCGACUCCAGAGACUGACGUUUAAAGCCACCAGAGCGCUUUCUUUGCUCCGUUAAUGGUAAAUAUAUUACUGUGAGAGACAGGGACAGCAGGAUCUAUCCCUGAAGGAUGCUUUAAAAGCAACAAGUUUAAUUAGAAAUGGUGUGUCUGGAGAAUGACUGCCUGAGCAUCUCACAAGCACCAGUUCCAGAGGUUUUCCGAGGUGUCUGUCCUGUUCCCUUGUGCUGGACUCUUGUCUUAUCAGAGCUUCGUUUAUUUUUGUAAACGUUUUUGACCUUUCUACAAUGGAGCGAAUAUACUAGACUGCCCUCUCAUUGCUGAAGUUUUCAGAAGUGCCAUCGAGCACUUCACCUGUAUACAGACCUGCACAUGAGUUUCCGGGAUUGUGUCUCAGUUUUUAGGGAACAUAAUGGUGCAAAACAUGAACUCCUUCUCUCUGAACUGUGCUGCUUUCCUUUGAGAACAAGGCCAAGGGACCAAGACUUUACUGUACUGCCAAACUCCAAAUCUGGCGUCAUUGACAUGGUCUUAAUGCAGCCUGAUGGGAAGUAUUAACUCACAUGAUACAGGAAUACACUCUCCCUUUUCUUCUAGUGCAGCGACUUGUGUACUCUACCAUUACUCCUGUCCAAAUGUCCUGAAUUAACCUUCUCUACCUCACAGCAUCCUGUAUUUUUUUUAACUUCUCAUAAAUGACUGUGGAAUAACGCUUGGAGGUUCCUACGGUACGCUGCGACUGUGAGUUGAAGAGUCACUCUUUGUGAUUUUUUUUUAAAGUUUUUUUUUCCCAAUUCUUAAAUGUAGACUACUUGACUUUAAAGAGCACACUAGAAAAACAAGUUCUGUUUAGUGAAAAAACAAAUACACAGUGGAAAAGAAUUGCAGUGAUUCAUCUUUUAGCGCUACAGAACAUGGACUUCAUCCCAAAUUUGGAUAAAGGGAAGAUGGAAGAAAUUGUACUUGAAUUGCUCUCAUGGAUAUCUAAUACUGCCUGGCCUCUGGAGGAGCAAGCGAACGAUUUCCUCUUCAGCUAAGAAACUUCAUGUAAUAUCAUCUCGAUGGGGCAGCUAGACAAAGCUAAAACGAUCUGGUGUGUGUCAUGACAGCUGAGAGUGCUGGUUUCUCACAUGUUCUGGAGUUCAACAUUUUUUUCCAGGUUUGGCAGGGUUUUGGCACAUGGGAGUGUUUUAAACCUUUACUAAGAGGGUGGGUUUGCUACAGCUGAUGUAACACGGCUCACUUUCAUUACUGCUGGUGAAUAAUAGCUAGCAAACUGCCCAGCUCAUACUCGCCAGUUUAUUGCUGGCAAUCAUUAGGUUUAGGGAUUUUUCAGUGCUGCUUUCACCGAAAACAAAGCAGGGCCUGCAGUGGUGCGGGGGGCGAGUAUUGCUGACUCAUAACCCUGGGGCCCUGGGUCUAAUUCCUGGGGUGCUGUCUGCGUGGAGUUUGUAUGCUCCUUCCUGUGUUUGCAUGGGUUUCCCCCUGUUGCUCCAAUUUCCUCCCACAGUGCAAAGACAUGUUGGUGGUUAAUUGGCAUCUUGGAAAACUGGGCCUGCUGUGAGUGUGGGUUUUUGUCUGUGCGUGCCCUGAAAUGGAUUGUGCCACUGUGCCCAUUGCCUGCUGACACAUCACCUCCGGCUUCCCUGCAACUGCGGAUGGAGAGGUUAGAAAAAUAGAGGGAUGGCUGAAAGCACAAUAGUUCGACGAGGAGCAGAGGAGCCAAGCUCCAGUCCUUAAGUGCUGCUGCUUACAAGUCUAACUAAACCUCUAGCUUCUGAAGAACAAGGAGAGGCUUCAACUUGUCGAAGAAAGCAAAUAAGGAGUUUGAUUCGGUAAUUAAGUGCUCCUGUGGAAAGAGAAACCAUCUGGGUCUGUAGGACUGUUCUGUCUCCCUCUGGUGUGAUGAUGAGAGUGAUCUGUGGUUUGAUUUCUCACUCGGUUACAAGGCGUCUCGAACCCUGGUUCUGGGGAUCCUCAGUCCAGAAGUCUUUACAGUUCACCAUGAAGUCAGAUAUGGAACAAUUCUAGUAUGAUCAAUUAAACAGGUGGUUUGUUUCAUUAAAUAAUUUGGGGAACCAUUCAAGACUGAAGUUCUCUUUAGCCCUCAGGGACCAGCGUUCUCUUGAUUGAAUUGAUCAUUUGAUUGAUUCAUCAAAAGCCUACUGGAGACCUAUAAUUCUAAGGGGAUUGGGGCUCUCCAGGACCGGGGUUCGACACCCCUGCCCUCCAUUUCCUAGUGAGUAAAUUCACCUUUACCUUUCUUACACAAAGAUCUAAUAUUACGAUUUCAGUUUACCCCUAGUCAAUACAGGGGAAAUUAGUUUUUUUUUGCUGUUUGGCUGCAGCUUUUUUCAGAAUGUUACACAUGAAAGGAUAAAAGAGUUUUCCAUGUGUCAGACAACAGCUGUCGGAGCCGUUCCAGUAAUUUAUGGAAAUAGAAUGCUCUCAUUCAGUACUGUUAAAAAUGGUGCUUUUAUGAUGGACUUGAAGCAUGUUCAGGCGGCGUGGAGCUUGUCAGCAUCCCACAUGCUUGUCUCCAAAUGUCUUUUUUCUUGGCGUUCCGCUUUUCUCCUUCAGACACUGAGAGUCCCUUUGAAGGCCUGUCAACUCUCCCUGGGCUGCCCUGUGGGCAUCUCGUGGCACAGAAGUGACCUCAGCACAGUAAAGGCCUCUGGUGCCCCUAGCAGCUGUUCUUCAGCUACACACAUCCCUCGUGCUCCUGAUGUUCUCGAGCAGGCCGGCGUUCUAGAGCAGCGGCCUCAAACGCAGACCCUGGGGGCCGUGAAAUCCUUCAGACGUUCAUUUCCCAGCUUGUUACAUGUCUUGUUUGUUUAUAUUCUCCCUCCCGGAGAUCAAUUACUCAGAAACCACACUUGAUGAUUAUGUUUCUGUACGGAACCUUGAACGACUUGUGGGGCUGGAGAGAAGGGUGGCCUUUUUCCAGGCAGAUUGAAAAGGCAAUAAAAGAACAAAACUCGGGAGGAACGAGAAAGGCAGGAGGCACUGAGGGCCCCCCCAGGUACUGGGUUUGAGGACCCUGGUCUGUUAGCUGGGAUUAUUGAAGUGAAAUGCAGUCAUUCAUAAAUUCAUAUCCAGUACAGGUGCAGCAGGUACUGUGGGAUAGUAGUUGAGCACCUCACUCUCUCCGUCUCGAACUGUUAAAGCAGGGCUGUGGGAAGACCAGUGCCCUGACGUGGAGCGUUUACAUGCUCUUAUGUAACCAGGGGCAAUGAAGUAACUGGAAAUGUGUGGGUACAAGGGACAGAGUGGAGUGACGAAAACACUCUGCAGCUGAAAACCCAUGGGAUGCGUGCAAAUGUAGGGUAAAACCAAGUAAAAAUGUUGCAGAAAUCACCUGAAGUUAAACUUCUCUUUGCUCUGUUUCUUGAGAUUGAUAGGGGUGCGCGUAGUGUUUGUUAAAACACAACCGUCAGCAGCUGAAGUAAAAGAAAAAAUAAUGCAUAUUCAAUACUUACAGGUGUCUUCAGUUUACUUUAUGAAUUGGGCUCUCUAAUUUACAGCAAGAAACAGAAGCUGAAAAGAAAGCGCUCCGAUUGUCAAAAAUCUGCUUUUCUGUUCGGACAGUUAUCGGAGGCUAGGGCAGUUGGAGGUCCAGACAUUUCCGAGUCUCUCCGUGUAUUUCUGAAAGUUCCUUCAGAAGUUCUGUCCUGAGCUCCAGAUCUGAACUUCCACUUUGUGACUUUAGAAAAUAUGCCUCUGCCUUCCUUAAAGUAACAAUUAGCAUUCAUAUGUGGGCAAAGCCUUCAUUUUUGGGGUGUAUUUUUCCAUUGUCCUACAGGACGUUUAUUAAUCUUAGUAUUGAAGUAAUUAUUUUGUAAAACAUUUUCAAUGUCCAUACGUGUAUAUUUUUACAAGUCUGUGCCUUAAUGGACCAUCAGUAUUCUUGGCUUGUUUUGUUUCUAUAUAAACAUAUACCUGGAAAUGUGAUUAAUGGAACCAAAGGAGCUCCUACAUUUUAUCUUUGUUUUUAAUUAUUCAACAUUUAGAGCACUGCACUCGCGGGUAGGAAUGGAGCAGUAAACCUGAUUUACUAGGUAAAUAAAUCUCUAUGGCUUCCAUGUUUUGCACAGCUGAGGCAGAAAUGAACUGUGUUGUCUGCAACACACAGCUUCAGGCUUUACUCUUGAUCAUAAAACAUGAAGGUACAAUAUUAAAAACCAUUCUUUUAAUGCACCACAGCUUUGGCAGCGCAGGGUGGAACAGAAAACACUGUGGGUUUAUGUGACAGUAUGUGCCCCAGCGGAGUUUCCUUUAGGGGCUGACAAAAAGAAGCCAUAAUGAAAAUCAGAGCAGAACUGUAAAAAGUCCAGUGUUGUCACUUAGAUUUUACGUUAUUCCGCGCAACUGGUAAAUGGGUUAUGUACUGUACUGUGGAGCAACUGUACAUGUGCUCUGUUCAGAUCAUCAAACGAUUACAUCCUACAUCUGCUUCCCAGGAGGUGAAGAAGACAAAUAUCUGUACAGACCCACAAGUGAAGGUGCUGCAGUUCACAGGAAUGUCUGCUGUGCAUCACCUGGCUGCAGUGACAAGCAUUUGCCAACGUUUGUUGGACGUGAAUGUAAUUCUUGACAAUCCACUGUCGAGAUAUUGCUGUUAAGACUUUUAGCCUUGUUUGGGUCCCUCUUUAUUUAUUUUUAAUGUCGGAACAUAGGCCAGUGUAAGUACUGUACAAUAAAACACAAUGAAAUCCCA